GAAUUGUUUGCCUUAAAAAAACAACAACUAUCUAAUAAACCUGGACGAUCUAAACAAGUAUGUUUGUUCCAGAAAUCAAUUAAACACUAAAGGUGUCAGAUGGCACCAGAAUCUUACAGGUGGUAGACUUUAGUGUUAGCAGAUCUUCAUGGUCACUGGUGGGCCCGCAGUGCUGUAAAGUGGAUAAUCCUGGAUUAUCGGCCUCUUAAGCCCUACUGUAGUUGUAGAAAGGCCAUUAAGUAAAGCAGCAGUGGGGAAUGCACGGUUUUGCUACCUUCCUCUAACAGUAGACUACUAAAGCUGCAGUUAUGGUUUAUUUUAUUUUCCUUUUUCUAAUAUUUUGCCUUUCCUUCCUCCCUUCCUUUGGUAUUUUCCCAAUUCUAAGGAUGGGGAACUUCACCUCCUCCGGUACUGGGGGUCUCUCCAGUACAGCCUGCAUGCAGCUUGUUCAGGAGAUGGUGUCACAGAACUGUGUUGUCAUCUUCUCCAAGAGCACCUGUCCCUAUUGUAGAAUGGCCAAAAAAGUGUUCAAUGAAAUCGGUGCCAAUUACAAGGUGAUUGAACUGGACCAGCACAACGAUGGGAAGAGACUUCAAGAGGCCUUGGCACAAAUGACUGGCGCCAGAACAGUGCCACGAGUCUUUGUCAACGGAAGCUGCAUCGGGGGCGGCUCUGACACCAAACAGCUCCAUCAGCAAGGAAAGCUACUGCCCCUCAUCGAGCGGUGUUCCCCCUGUUGUGCUGCCGAGGGCUCAGGCAGUGGACAAUUUGAAUCCUCUAAAUGACUAACCGUCUUUGUAGCCUUUUUAAAUCCACAAUUAUUUAAGUUUUUGCUUAAUUUUAUGCAAAAAAUUCUGAAUUGUUUGAGCAUGUCUACGCUCUUUGUUUAUCAAAGCCAAGCAGAUUUUGAUGUCUGAUUUGCUUGUCUCUUCUCAUAGAGGGGUUAUGCAUCGGUGUAGUUUUUAUCUUAAAACUAAAGUUGUAAACACCGGAAACACUUCCGUUUUUUUUUUUUUUUUAAUACAAAAUAGUAAAAGACAUGAAAUAUGGAAGCAUUUAAAUGUGAAUAAUUUUCACACACAAACUUUACUAUGCUGCUUUUCAGGGACAUAAUGGAGAGCAACAUAAAUGUAAUUAAAUGGUUCAUCUUUUUUGUUUUUGACAUUUAAGCAAAAGCAGCAACUGUCUGAAUGUUUAAUAGAGAAAUGCAUUGCCAAUGCUCGUCAUAAACCAAGUGUUUAUGGUUUCAGAUGAGCCUAAAUAUGAUAAAAUAUUUGUAUUCCUGUACAUUACAUGUGUACUAGUAUUUAAUAAACACAAAUGAAAGCCCUUUC